UCCAUGUUUGUGUCCUCCAUGGUUUGGGCAUACCCUGCCAGCGAGUGUGGCUUAACCGGGUGGUUAGUGGUUACAGGACCGGUGGGUGUGUAGACGUGUUAAGGCUGGCAGAGGUGUGUUCAUCUAUAAGAAACAUGAGUGCUUCCAAGCCAACUCUCUACUCAUACUUCCGCAGCUCAUGUUCUUGGCGUGUCAGAAUUGCUCUGGCACACAAAGGAGUUGACUAUGAUUACAAACCAAUUCAUCUUCUCAAAAAAGAACAGGUCAGUGAUGAAUUCAUGAAGCUGAACCCCAUGGGCCAGAUUCCAGCACUCAUUAUCAACAAUCAGACGCUGACACAGUCGAUGAGCAUUCUGGAGUACCUGGAGGAGGCCUACCCUCAGAAGCCACUGCUACCUAAGGACCUGUUCACUAGAGCAAAGGUUCGUGAGGUUUGUGAAGUGAUUUCAUCUGGCAUCCAACCACUGCAGAACUUGUCAGUACUGCAGAAGGUGGGUGAUGAAAAGAAGAUGGAGUGGGGACACUUCUACAUCAACAAAGGCUUUGUUGCCUUGGAACAGCUGCUAGCAGGAUGUGCAGGGAAAUACUCGGUCGGAGAUGAGGUGACCCUGGCUGACUGCUGCCUUGUUCCUCAGGUCUAUAAUGCCAACAGAUUCAAGGUUGAAAUGGCCCAGUUCCCCACCAUUGUGCGAGUUCAUGAUGCUCUUAGUAACCUGGAGGCAUUUAAAGCUGCCGAGCCCACCAACCAGCCUGACUGUCCUGAAGAUCUCAAGUAGUUCUCACAUCAGUCAUAUAUUACCAGAACAAAAUCAAUAAUGCUAAAACUAAAUAUCCUCCUUAUCUUUGUCAUAGAAGUUGGAUACAAGGAGGGCGCUUUUCAGUGUACGCUUCACCCAUUGGCUACGAGGGAUCUAUCCGAGCUGAAUAGAAUCGUCUGGCAUUAACCAAAUACUGCUUAAAAAUAUUAAAAGUGGCAUCCCAUAGUGAAGGGGUUAACAAAAAUCCGGUUAACUUACAGGUAUUCAGGAACGCAUCAUGUAUGUAAAGCGGACACUAAAUGUAUCUUAGAACAGCAUCUGUAGUACAGUUCCUUAGUUAUUUAAAUAUUGAAAGUACAUAAAUAUAUUGAAAACGGGAUCGUAAUUUUGCCAGCAUACUGUACUAAAAGGAAACCUGUUUAAACUGAAUACAUAAGGUUGUACUUGAAAUAUUUUACAAAUAUAAGUAUAAAUUUUGUAGAUAUCAAGAUGUUCAUCAUCAUCUAGUGUUAUAAAAAGAAAGUUAAUGAAUAGUAGCUAGGCACAAUAUUUAGUACUGUAGUAGCUUUAGUCUGUGAUAAUUUACUAUUCCAGCUGAUACUGCUCAACAAUGUACGUAGUGUUAUAAUAUAGUAUUGUGUAUUAUGAAGGAUGUCUAUUUUCUUAAAUGUGCUCACUUACAUAAAAAAAUAUAUUAAAGUAUUAAAGUUCUUACACAUUUG